AUGGCUGACGAUACCGGUUCCAAUCCCCAUAGUCCUACUGUUUCUGCACGUCCUCUAAGUCCCAAUGUCUCUCACCAAGACCGUCAACGUCCUGGUUCUGAUGAACGCCAUGUUUCUACUUCUCAACACCACCAAGCUGCCCCUUCCGUUUUUCGCACUCAAGCUCCACGUGCAACUCCUGGUACUCCUGGUAGAAGACCCCAAGAUCAGAUACCAUUGCCUGAAGAAAACAUUCCGAGUUUGGCCUCCAUGUCUGUGGACCCCCAAUUUUACGAUGAAAACGAGAUUCGUGCUUUUUAUACACAUU